AUGAUGGCCAAGGACAAGGGUCUGGCUGUGGCCGCAUCGGCGGCUCCCUUGCCGGCCCCCAUCGACCACGAGUGGUCCGCCGAGGAGGAGCUGCAGCUGUUCCACGCAAUGGAGGGUCUGCGCCCGGUGGGAAUCAACAAGCAUUUCUACAUGUCCUGCAUCGUCCAGCGUUUGUCCAAGUCGCUCAACCGUGAAAUGCCCAGCGAGCUGAUCUGGCGCCACCUGGGGACCAUGUACAAGCUGAAGGAACUGGACGAUCUGGAGUCGCUGCCCUUUCCCAACGAGGAGCGCGAGUUCAGUCUGCCGGAGAAGGAUUACGGAACGCUACAGACCAAAAAGACGGUGGAGCUGCAUGCCAACGAAGAGAGUGGAGAGGCGCAGUCGGCUCUUCCAACCACAGAGACGAAUGGCAAAGCUCCACUUGCAACCAAAGCGCCGGUACCGGCAAAUUCUGCCAAGGAAGGCGACAAGAAGCACGUUUCCAAGCCCCAGGAGCAGCUGCCCAAGCGUCCGGCCAAGCGCACACGCGGCUCCAUGUCCAAUGAAUCCAUCAGCCCCUCCACCACGCCGCCGCCGGUGCAGACCAACAAGCGCCGUCGCAUAUAGGUGGCCCCCGAAUUUGACGAUUGUUGAUCCGUUUUAGCUCACUAGUUUUACUGUACUCUAAUAAAAGGAUUUAUUCUUCGAA